AAACGUGUGUCCAACUGCGGUGUUAUGUGUCGGUGGUUGUGUGUAGGCACUAAUCUAGCACAUUUAAACCCCACAAAUGAACAGCACUGAACUCCAUUUUAACCGCUGUCUAAACGUCUGAAAAUCGUGUUGUAUCAUAUCACCAGAUCGCGGCGUGCCAGACGUAUGGCUAUUACGUUAUGUUAAGGUCCAGCACAGAAGAUUAGGCAUUUUAUAGUUUUAGCUUGAGAUAAUUUAUUUCUACCCAGUCCCAGCCACAGUGAGUUCGUCAUUUCCCUAAGCGAUGCGCACUCUGUGCAGCGGUUUUUUUUCGCUUGCGUGAGUGUGAAAAUGUGACCACACCGCUGUCGGCUUCCUCCCCAGAGAAACUUAGCUCGGCUGAACGCACGCUGCAUCCUCUACUGCAUCCUCUGCUGUCUCGUACAGACGGCGGACGACAGUAAACGGUUUAAAGAAAAGGGGAUUUGAAUUAGCCAUUGGACGAGCGAGCUGCUGGUUACUGAGUGGAUGAGGGAGGGAUAUUGUUUUGUAUCUUAACAACACUGCAGGGGAGGGGGAGAAUGAGCUCUCUGUGUGGAGAGGCUGCCUUGUACGAUAGCCAGGACCCAUCUUGCAACAGCGUUAAGAAGUCUUGCUCUACUAAUAAUAUUAGCAGCAAGGGCGGCGGAACCACCUGCAGCAUCGACGGCAGUCAGUCGAUCCAGAAACCCGAAUCACUAACAGCAAUGAAAGUCAAAACAGGAUGCAACUCCACAGACGCGGGUGUUCUCGUUACCACGGAGGAGCAGUUACUCGGGAACCCCAUCAUUACUCCAGAAGAUGUACUUGGUUUGCAGAAGAUCACCGAAAGUUACCUGUGCAUUCCUGAGGAAAACAUUCACAACAUCGACUUCACCAGAUUCAGGAUCCGAGACAUGGAGACAGGGGCCAUACUGUUUGAGAUCGCCAAACCCCCCAUCAACGAAAGAGCCGGGGAUAAGCAAGACUUCGACCCCAACGCAGGCCGGUUCGUCCGCUAUCAGUUCACCCCUGCCUUUCUGCAGCUACGGAGGGUCGGAGCUACUGUGGAGUUUGUGGUCGGUGACUUGCCCAUCAAUAACUUCCGCAUGAUCGAGAGGCACUUCUUCCGUGAGCAACUGCUGAAGAGCUUCGACUUCCAGUUCGGCUUCUGCAUCCCCAGCAGCAAGAACACCUGCGAGCACAUCUACGAGUUCCCCCCGCUGUCCGAGGACACCAUGCGUGACAUGAUCCUGUACCCAUACGAGACCCGGUCUGACAGCUUCUACUUUGUGGACAACAAGCUGGUGAUGCACAACAAGGCUGACUACUCCUACUGUGGAGGGGUCUAGAGCCAGGAGCCACAGCCAUGACACAGGAACCCACUGCCACGACACAGGAACCACCGCCACGACACAGGAACCCACCGCCACGACACAGGAACCACCGCCAUGACACAGGAACCACCGCCAUGACACAGGAACCACCGCCACGACACAGGAGCCCACAGCCAUGACACAGGAACCACCGCCACGACACAGGAGCCCACAGCCAUGACACAGGAGCCACCGCCACGACACAGGAACCACCGCCAUGACACAGGAACCACCGCCACGACACAGGAACCACCGCCACGACACAGGAACCACCGCCAUGACACAGGAGCCCACAGCCACGACACAGGAACCACCGCCACGACACAGGAGCCCACAGCCAUGACACAGGAACCACCGCCACGACACAGGAGCCCACAGCCACGACACAGGAACCACCGCCACGACACAGGAACCACCGCCACGACACAGGAGCCACCGCCAUGACACAGGAACCACCGCCAUGACACAGGAGCCCACCGCCACGGACAGACAGGAGCCCACAGCUACGGACAGGAAGUGAACCUACCACUGGAGGACACACAUGCAGAAACGCGCACACACACACACACAGGAAGAAAAAAAGUACAUACACAAUGUUCUUUAGCUGCACUGUGGGGUCAUGCCCACUGUCUCACCUCCAGCGUUCGUUAUUUAUCAGAUGUUUUGAAAAAGCACUUUUUACUCCAGCUCAGCUGCCAUUCAGCAAACUGGGAACAGCACUGAAUCAGAGGCACGUACAAUGACACAGACUGCAUGCCUGGCUUUGAAGAGAGGAAAAAAACCCUGUUCUGUUUCUCUAGCAAACCAAAGGGAUUUAUGUUAAAGAGGAAAGCAGGGAAAAUAGUGUUGCCUGUUCAUAGUCCUUCUAGAACAUUCCACAGAGGAGUGAAUACACAUCUCCCCUCCAGUGUGCACAUUCCCAUUUUGUCCAAAAAGCCAUGUUUGGCUGACCGAUGUAUUGACAAAUUGUACAGUAUGUGUCUGUUAUGUCAAAAAAGAGGGGGUGAGUGAGGUUUGUCUCUUUCUACUACUCAAAAUACUUUUAUUUUACAAUUUUCUAAGGUGUUUCAGGUAUAAAUGUUGGAAGCAGUUAGUCCUAGUUUACAUUCCAGUAAUUAGUUAUUUGUUAAGUGUGUGACCUUGCUUGCUUUUGAAGGGCUAUACUUUCAGUAGUGUGGUUUCUUUGGUGUGAGGAACAUGCUAAACUGAUUCUGGAAGUAUAUAGAGAAACUAUGUUCAGUCUGAGGCUUUAGGCAGUUUAAUGUGUAAAAAUGUUAUUACUGUCAAGUUAUUUUUAACAGCACGUCGACUUGUGGACUGUUGAAAUACAUACCAAGAAAAUGAAUAAACUAUAUCUUAUUUUUUGAAAUUCUCA